GCCACGCCACGCACCCCGGCAUCGCGUCGGUGCCGCGACUGUCGCAUCAGCGGACGAGGAGGGGCCCCGGUUUCCACUAACCGCCGGUCGGCUCUGCUGUAUCCCCCACAGCUUUACGGCAGGACCCCGGUGCGGAUGCGUGUGAGCGGCGGUCUUCUCACCUUCCCUGAGGCGCACGAUCGGCUGCUCUUCAACAUGAUUUUGAGAGGACCAUAACCGGGUGUUUUUCCCUGUCCUCUUUCUUUCGGCGCACAGCUAAACGCGGGGGGCUCUCCAUGUGUUGACUGAACGGUUCUUUCGUCGUUUUUGGAUAUCACCUUCCAGCAAAAUGAGCGAAGACGUGUCAGAGGUCCACAAAGAGCUUCUGGAGAGUGUGAAGGAUGCAGUGGGGAGAAAGGUGAAGCUGUCACUGAGGAGGAAAGUCAAACUGGAGAUCAAAGGAGACAAGACGGAGAACAGAGUCCUGGCCCUAGCAUCUCACCGAACGUACCUCCUGACAGCGCGCAUUCCCGCCAAGGUGGAACACUCCUUUAAUUAUCUGGAGAUACAGGGGAUUGCCUGCAACAAGCCUACACAGCUGUUCAUCGAGUAUGAGCGCGGCGCGUUCUCUCUGAAGCUGCUCUCUACAGAGGAGGUCAACGAGGUGGUCGCUCACAUAGGACACUGUCUGCUCAGGAUAUGUCCCGGACUACAACCGAGUAAAGUGAUGAAGAAGCUCUGCAUGGAGCCUCCAGACAGGCUGAUCUCUCUGCAGAAUCUGUGGGAGAACAACAAGCCCGCUGAGCCUGGGCCUUGUGGUGGGUUUUCUCAGAUGUACAGAUGCGUCUGUGACUGGUUGGGGCUGCCUCACAAGGAAGAGGUGCAGUGGGAUGUGGACACCAUCUAUUUGACACAGGACACCAGAGAACUCAACCUGCAGGACUUUAGCCAUCUGGAGAACCGGGAUCUGGUGGCAAUAAUAGCAGUGCUGGAGUUUAACCAGUGGUUCACCAAGCUCUCCACCAAGGACUACAAACUGUCUGCAGAUGUGUGUGAGCAGAUCCUUCGGGUAGUGUCUCGCUCCAGUCGUCUGGAAGAGUUGGUUCUGGAAAACGCAGGACUCAAAACUGAUUUUGCCCAGAAGCUAGCUGCUGCCCUGGCUUACAACCCCAGCUCAGGACUCACCACCAUUAAUCUUGCCAACAACCCAUUGGAAGACAGAGGUAUUUCCUCCCUGGGAGCUCAGUUUGCCAAACUCCGGUUGGGCCUCAAGCAUUUAAACUUUUCCAAAACCUCACUGUCACCCAAAGGGGUGAACAGCCUUUGUCAGUCACUCAGUGCCAACCCAUCUAUCCCCAGCAGUCUUGUCCAUCUGGACCUCUCAGGGAAUGUCCUCCGAGGGGACGACAUUCAGCAUUUCUACCACUUCCUGGGUCAACCCAACAGUCUGGCCACCCUUGAUCUCUCCAACUCUGACUGCUCUUUGGACCAGGUUUGCUCAGCUCUGCUGCGAGGCUCCAUCGAACACCUCUCUGUUCUCAAUGUGUCAAAGAGCGUCUUCCCUCACAGGAAAGGCAAAGAGGUGCCUCCAUCAUUCAAGCACUUCUUCAGCAGCACCAUGUCUUUGAGCUCCAUUAACGUGUCGGGAACCAAGCUGCCACCGGAGGCCCUCAAAGCUCUCCUGCUUGGCUUGGCCAGUAACCUCAAUCUGAAGGAUGCUUCUCUAGAUCUCAGCUGCUGUGAGUUGCGGUCAGGAGGCUCUCAGAUCCUUGAAGGUUGUAUCGCAGAAAUUCCGAACAUCUCCAGCCUUGACAUCUCUGACAACGGCCUGGACUCGGACCUGUCCACUCUGCUAGUGUGGUUGGCCAAGAACAGAUCCAUUCGACACCUGUCUCUAGGGAAGAACUUCAACAACAUCAAGUCCAAAAACCUUGCGCCAGUGUUGGACAGCCUGGUCCAUAUGAUUCAGGAAGAGGAGUCGCCCCUCACCUCUCUGUCUCUCGCAGACUCCAGGCUGAAGAGUGAUCUGACCAUUGUUCUGAACGCCCUCGGCAGCAACUCCUCGCUAAUCCGGUUGGACAUCAGCGGAAACGCCAUGGGGGACAUGGGAGCCAAGAUGUUGGCCAAAGCGCUACAGAUCAACUCCAAACUCAAGACUGUGAUCUGGGACAGGAACAACGUAAGCCCUCAGGGUCUGCAGGAUGUAGCAGCCGCUCUGGAGAAGAACUUUACUAUUCGUUUCAUGCCCAUCCCCAUCAUCGAUGCCUCCCAGGCUCUUAAGGCCAGCCCUGAGAAAACAGAAGACGCCUUGUUAAAGAUUGAGAACUAUCUCUACAGGAACCAUGAAACGAGGAAAUAUCUACAGGAACAGGCCUAUCGGCUGCAGCAGGGCAUCGUAACCACAACCACACAACAGAUGAUUGAUAGGAUUUGUGUGAAGGUGCAGGAUCACCUGAACUCUCUAAGGAACUCUGAAACAGACGCCAUCCUGGAGGACGUCAGGUCAGCAGAGAACCUCAUCAAAGAUGCAAGAAACUCCAAAACGCUGCUCCCUAACCUCUACCACCUCGGCUCAGCGGCCAGAGAGGAGGUGAACAGCUCGUCAGUGGGACCCAUCCAGGAGAAACUAGAGUCUAUGGCUGGGGAGGUGACAAACGUCAUGGACCAACAGCUACAGACUCUGCUGGAGUCGAUGGUGGACGCAGCAGAGUCUCUGUGUCCCCAUGUGAUGAAGAGGAGUAGUCUUCGUCCAGAGCUAAUAAAGGCAAGUUCAGCCAAGAUGGUGGUACCCAAAAGCUUUGUCACUAAAACCCUCCUGGAGCAGUCUGGGGUGGAUAUCAUCAACAAGAUCAGUGAGGUGAAGCUGAGUCUGGCGUCUUUCUUGUCUGAUCGCAUUGUGGAUGAGAUUCUGGAGGCUCUUUCUACUUCACAACUCACUCUGGCUGACCACCUGGUGCGGCGAGGUCGCCCCUUGGUGCGGCAGGAGUCUGUGGAUCUGGACGCCCCAGAGGAAAAGAUUCCUAAAAGAGCAUCAACCGAGAUGCUGGAGGCUGAGAGGCUGGAGGAUCUAGAGACCUGCAUGGUUUUGUGCUGCACCAGCAUGACUCCUAAAUCCAAGAGGAAGAGCAUCCACAGCAGAAUGCUUCGGCCAGUGUCUCGUGCAUUUGAGAUGGAGUUUGACCUGGACAAGGCCCUGGAAGACGUCCCUAUCCAUGUGGAAGACGCUUCAACUUCAUCUCAAACUCCACUCACUCCAUCUCAGGUUCAUCCCAAAUUGGAGCACCGACCGCCAGUGGGGAUGGUGGAGCUGCCGUCCGAGGAGGAAAAAAAGCUGCAGCACUUCACCAAACUGCGACCACGACGGAACAAGAAAAAGCAUUCCAGCAAAAUACCUGAAUUCAACAGUGCCGCCUCUCAGGAUGGGGAGCAGAACGGCCUAAUGGGAAGGGUGGACGAAGGUGUGGACGAGUUCUUCUCUACAAAAGUCACCAGGAUGGACUCCAAACGUUCCAAGAGUUCCGAAUCUCAUGACGGAGAGAAGAAGAAGAGCAAAGGAGGAUUCCUGAACCUCAUCAAACGUUCCUCCAAAUCAGAAAAGGCAGAUAAAAAUCAGGCGCCUCCCCCAGUUUUGGCAAAGUCAGAGAAAAACCAGGCGACCAAUCCAGCUUCAGGUACAUCCUCGGCCACAGUCCCCUCGACGCCGGCUUCCAUCCCCGAGGAGCCGUCUUCUCCAAAGGUGUUAGUAAAGAGCCCAGCACCUGAGCCAAAGUCCAGAGAUGCCUCCAGCCGCUCCCAGCCCACAGACUACAGCAGCAGCUCGGACCGCUCAGAAGAGCUGAGGACGCCAGACUCCAUGGACGAGCCCUGGGAGUGUUCAGACGGCCGGGGCAGCCCUCAAGGAAGCAGGCGGUACCAAGGGAUGCAAAUGAUGGGCGGCGGCCUCCUCGCAGAGAUGAAGGCAAAGCAGGAGAGGAGAGCACACAAGUCUUCAAGCCCAGACAGACCUGACAGCAAUGCAACAGCAGCCAAGCCCCAGCCCAUCAUUUCAGAAAGCCGGUCUCCCAGUGGCUCAAUUAACCAAUCAGACACGGCGACUGGUUCUCCAGAGAAGACCCCUCCGAAGCCCGACCCGGCACGUCGCCUCAGGGCGACUUCCUCCUCUAGUUCUCCGGGGCAGCAGGUGAGUCCCAAACCACCAAUGCCGCAGGGAGCGAAGCCUGCCCUGGCUGCCCGACCCACCAUCCUCCAGAAGCCAAGGACCGGGAGCACCAGCACCAGCAGGAGCACAGAUGAGACCUCAGAUUCCCCAAGCAGUGCUAAGGUCCCAGUUGUUCCGACCCCGCUGAAGAGGAGGGUGUCAGAGAGAGAGGGACAGUCAGGAGGCUCUACGAACAGAACCACCCUGGAUGGGAGGGCGGUGUUUGUGUCAGACUCGGCUCAGCGACCGAGCCGUCUCCGUACCAACUCUGAGGAUCACGGCUCCAUCAAGAUAAAAGAUCAAUCUACAAAAACAGACAAAGCGGCGGGCAAAAAAUCCUCAGACUCUGGGGAGGAAGCCGAAAAAGACUUUAUUUUGAUAUAAGUAUGGCUUCUUCACAGUAAAAUCCUGUUAACAAGUCUCAGAUGUUUUGCUUUAGAAAAGCAACUAAAGAGGAACUAUAAUCAUGCAUUGAUACGUUUUCCUUUAUACUGGCGGUUGUUUUCUGUCUGAUCCUUAAAGUAAAGAUCUUUGGUCUGCAGGAAGACGCGCUGUUGUAUCAUGCAGUAAACCUUUUCAAACUAGCAUUUGGGUGUCUAGGACGAGGUGAAACUAACACUAUUAACACCGUGGGAAUAUCCUCAAUAAUCUCUUAUGAAACCAGCAGUGUUCUUUCACUAAGAGCUUGUCUCCCAGGGACCAAACACAUGUAACAAUGAUAUCAGGAUCACUGUACUUGAACAUACAACCAGAGCAGGGCCCAACAGCUAUUGUUUCCAUCAAUAUAUUUGUAUAGGUGAUUUUUCUAAAUGUUAUUCUCAUCAUGUGCCAGUUACUUUUCUCAGAGGUGACUGAACUCAUUAUGCAAUUCAUCUUGUUGGUUUUUUUUCAGGAAAAUACAGGUUUAGCUGAGAAUCUCAGCCCAGCAUAAACAUACAUACACAUUUGAAUCAUCAAAAUCCAUCAAACGUUAAAAUGAAAUACACAUUUCACAAUUGAUGUAGCAUGUCUUAACAACAAAAACCACAAGUCCUUUAGAGCAGACUGACUGCACUGAAGAGCUGCUGGAACACAUCAAACAGCCUGUCUGGUUUGUCUCUUUGUGGGAGACAGGCUGCGAUGCACUGUAACAAUCACUGAUUACUAAUCAAUGAUGCUUAAGCACUGUUAACUAACACUGUUCUCCUUGUUCAGACACUGUGGGAAAAAAAUCAUUUACUGUAUCUGUUACCUUUAAACUGCGGAUGUCUAUUUUCUGCUCUUUAUGGCAGAAGGUAGUAUGUGUCUGUCAAUAGAGAGCCACAGAGAGGCCCAUCAUAAAAGUGAUUAACGGUUAAUAAAACAGCUUUCUAUGUAGCUGUAACUUUAAAAAAAGAAGAAAUAAUCACUUCUAAUCUGUCACACAUACUCUAAGUUGCUCUUUAAGACAGAGUCAUACCUCACUUCAGGUAAGACUCACUUGUAUUUACCUGGUGUGCCGAUUGUCCAAUGAUCAAUAUUAUGACAUUCUCUUCAGCCUUCAAACAUUACACACUUGACCUUCAGGGAUUUCAAAAUCAGCUCAUUUUCAAUUUAUUCUGUACAAAGACACGUUUGGAUCUUCAAACUAUAAGGCGCUUUGUUAUUACGUGAUUGAGAAAACGGUGACUGAAGUGAAGGUGAACAGAGGGCAGCUGGGACCUUUUGGCUGUUCUGAACUCUACUCAAGACAACAAGGACACACGUCGCUCUCAAGCCGAUUCCUCUCACCUUUGUCUUUUAACAGCAAGAAAUGCCCUUUUCACACUGCUACACAUCAACACCCAAGUUGUGAUUAUGACCGAGAAAACAGAGGCCUCACAUCAGUCGGGGAAUUGCACACAUUUACUGGAUAGAAUGCUAUAUUGUCAUCGGACAUCGUUCUUCAAUUAACUUUACAGCCAUACAAAGUACAGAGAGAAAUGCUCAUUGCAUGUCUGCAACAUAAUAAUCUUUCUAACUUUGGUUCUACGUGAUGUGAACACAGCAUUGAACCCCAUAAAUACCUGAAUGUGAGAUCUAAAUAAUUCUUCAUUAUCUACCUGUUAAGUUGUGCUAAAACAUUAAUAUUUAAUGUAAGGCAGCCGUCGCUCUUCAUGGCCGGUGUGAAAAGGGCACAACUUGUGUGUGUGUGUUUUGUUGUGUUGUCCUAUUCUAGUCAGAGCCAAAAGGCUUACUGGUGCACCUUGACGUCUUUCUUCCAAGAUUACGAUGAGAUUUUACUUGUUUGUCUCGUCGGAAAUAACACUUUCUUCUGUGUGUGGUUAAUUUAGUGUUGGAUGUCAACAACUGCUUCAAAUUACAGCCAAAGUUUCACAACUGAAACAUCACUUGUAGAUGGAGUGGUGCUCCAGGACACAGAAUAAAAUGCAGCUACACACUUUGCAAUAUGUUUAAAGCAAACACGUGGCUUUGAGCUAGAUUCUCUUGCCUCUGUUUUUGCCACAUCCUGAUGGAAGGAAACUCUGUUUGGGAUUUCAGAAGCAGCUGGCUAUGUUUCUGUCCAGUUGUGCGAAAGACUGAUGAAUAAUUUGAAACUACUUCAUUUGAGUUGAAGACAACCAGAGGCGUUGAGUCCUGACUCCUACUUCGACCUGUGUGUGACUGCAUGGCGUGGCUGUGAGUUGUACUGUAUGUAAAUAUGUGCUUUCAUACAUGUAGGAGUCUGUGUAGAUAUGAAUGUGUACACACACUAUGUGAGUUCACCAAAAACCUAUAUUGUUUUGGUACUAAGUACACUACUAUACUAGGGGUUUGUUUGUAACUUAUUUGGAAUAAAAAAACAGUGGACGGCGAUGUAUUGAUCAUUUGUUCUUUUUAUUCUUGUACAUUGUGUUCAUAAAUGUAGUAAUUCAUUGAAUGUAUUAAUUUGCUGUUACAUGUAAUAAGUUAAAUGCUACUUUCAUCAUGAUUUAAAAAAUGCAAUGAAUGCGAAACUUUUCUCCAAGCUGGAAAAAUUGAAUGCAUUAAAAAAUGACUUGUUUGCUUAUUAUCAAUCUAAUAGGUUAUUUGUUCCAUUUUCUCAUGGCUCAAUAAAAUCCACUAAGUCAU